GGAAUUUGUACUAUUUCAAAUAUAUUUUUAAAAAUUUUAGGACAGCUUUUUUGAAUCAAGAUUAAUAAUUUUUAGUUUGUAGUUAAUUACUUAAAAAUUUUUCAUCACUGUUAAGUAUUAACAAUGGGUUAUUUUUGUGUUUUUUGUGAGUCUAUUUUAGUAUCAUUGAAGACUGUAAGUGAUCUUUUAAAACAUUUUCAUUAUCGCCAUGGUAUUACUUCAACACAAAAUUGUAAAAUUUCUUGUAGACAAAGUGGCUGUUGCAGAACAUAUGACAGUGUCCAUUCCCUUAAAAUUCAUUUAUAUAGAAAGCAUCCAAUUGACCCUCAUUUGGAAUAUAACGAUAUAAAUAUUUAUCCUAUGGAAAGCAAUGGUGAGCUAAUGGAUCAGCUAGGUAUUUAUACAGCAGCACAUAUUGAUAAAGAUAACAGAAAUACUAUAUAUUUUUCAAGUAAAUUAAAUGGGGAAAAGAUAAAAGAAAUGAUUUUAGAUGUUUUAAUGACUCUAAGAUGUCGUAACACAAGUGAAGUUAUAAUUCAGUAUGUAGGUAAAAGUAUUCAAAAUAUUUUAUCCACAGUUAUUGAAGGUGUACAAAAAACAAUCCAAAAUGAUGAAACAGAUGCUGGCAGAGUAAGUGAUUUCCUAAAUGAUAUUGAAUGUGAGCGUGUAAAGUGUAGUUUAAUUACAUCUAGUUACCUGCAAAGAAAACACUUACAACAAAAAGGGAUGGUUGCACCUAUUGAAAUAACUGCUGGGUUCAGAUCUGAGAUGCUUCAUAAAGUUUAUAAAAAUAAUGUAAUGAGUUAUCAAAAUGAAACUAUGCAGUAUAUUCCUAUUCUAGAAACCAUUUCUAUGGUGAUUUCAAAGUACUCCUUUGACAAAAUAGAUAAUAACGUUUUAACAAAAUUAAAUAAAUUAACUUGUUAUAGUGAUGCAGAACAAUAUAAGAAUCAUCCUUUAUACAAGAAACAUCCAGAUGCUCUUCAGCUUCAACUAUACUGUGAUGAUUUUGGAAUCCUUUAGGAUCAAAAACUAAAGUUCACAAAGUUUGUGCAGUUUAUUUGUCCAUCAAAAAUGUUAACAUAAAGAAAUGCUCUAAAUUGACUAACAUAUAUCCUGUAAUUUAAAGGACUUGGUAGCUCUAGAGAAACGAGUUAAAUUGUAUAUAAAUGGAAAUUACAUUUGCAUAUAUGGUGCAGUAGUUAUGUGGUCUGGGGACAAUCUUGCAUUGCACCAAAUUUUUGGAUUUAGUUCAAACUUUAUUGCCAACAAGAGCUGUCAUUACUGCUAUACAACAAAAGAACAAAUGCAACACACUUUUUAUGAAGAAGAUCUAGACUUUAGAACUAAAGAGCGUUACAUUGCAGAUUGUCAAGCACUUUUUAGUGAAGCUAAUAGUAAUAAAUUAUCUGGUGUAUAUAAACAAAAUCCAUUGUCAGAGCUUCAGUAUUUUUCUGUUCCUGAUAACAUUUGCCCAGAUUCAAUGCAUGACAUACUUGAGGGUUGCUUACAGUAUGAAUUAAAAAUAGUUCUUCAUCGCUUAUUACUAAUUGAUUGCCUGUUGACAAUCCAGGAAUUCAAUGGUCGAUUGCAAAACUUUAAUUUUGGCAUUGAUAAGAAAAAUAGGCCGUUGCAUAUAACACGUGAAAAACUUGUUUCUAAAGACAAAAGGUUAGGUUUAAAUGCAACACAAAGUUGGUGUUUAGGAAGAUUUUUUUGUUUGUUGCUUGGUGAUGUUGUAGAUACUGAUAACCAGUACUUUCAUUUAAUUCAUUUAUUAUUAAUGGAAAUAUGUGGAAUAACCUUUGCUCCAAAAGUGACUGUUCAUUUAAUAACUUAUUUAACAGAGGUCAUUAGCAUUCAUCACAAGUUGUUUACAAAAAUAUUUUCUGGACAUACUGUUAUUCCAAAACAACAUUUUCUUGUCCAUUAUCCUUCAAAAAUUUUACAACUAGGUCCUUCACCAAAUUAUUGGUGUAUGCGAUUUGAAGGAAAACAUGCUCCUGCAAAGGAGCAAUGUCACAUUUUGCACAACUUUAAAAAUGUUUGCAAAAGUGUUGCAUGGCGUCAGCAAAUACAAUUACAUCUUGAUUUGUCAAAUUUUGCAAGUAUACUCAGUGCAGAAGUAGGUCCUGGUAUUGAAAUUAUGCCUGCUUGCUUACCUUUGCCAGUGGCUGUUUUUGGUGAAAUUCCACUGUAUGAAGAAUGUUUUUGUGCAAAUUAUGCAAUCACAGAUGGUGUAAAGUACAUGCCAGACUUUAUUGUAGUUUUAGGGCUAACCAAUCUUUGUCUCCCACGUUUUGGAAAGAUUCUAUAUCUACUUGUCCGUGAAAACGAAUGCACACUUAUAGUUGAAAAUCUUUUUACCAUACACUAUGAUGCUCAUAUUGCUGGCUAUAAUGUAUGUAAAACAUCUAAAUAUACAGCUGUUAAAAUUGACAAUUUAUUUGAUUCUCAUGUACUGUCAUUGUCAACUGGCUUCAGAAAGUAUUCUGAUAAAAGUUUUGUUUUAACAAGACAUGAAUAUAUUAGCCUGGAUAUAAUAACAUAAUUUUUUAGUUUUGAUAUUGAUUUGAUUUUGUUAUUAAUGAAACAAAAUUAUGAAAAUGAAAUAUUUACCAACUUUUGUUUUUUUAAAUUAUGAAUUUAUUUUGAAAUUAUGUAUUUAAGUUAAUAAUGUAAAUAGGCAAUUUUUGUUCAAACAUGGAUAAUUUUUAUUGAUUUUCUUUGAUUUUCUUACUUUUAGUAAAGUUUUUUUCUAAUAAUGGAGGAAAUUAACAACUUCUUAAGUUAAGUUCUUCCAGUGGAGUAUAUUAAUCGUCUCCUGCCUCAUUUGGUAGAGCUAGGUGCUAGUUCAAUGGAAGAUUUGCUGUUUUUAAACGUUGAAACAGACCUGCCUAAUGUACUACCUCCUCUUAAGAGACGUAAAUUAGAAGCAGCUUUAGCAACUUCAAAUUCUAAGCCUGUUCAUUCGCAAAAUGUGGACCUUAUUGAAACAUCUGUGGUAACUCCCAUUGCAUGUACCAAAAAAGAUGGUUGUGUCAAUAACGGAUGCAAUAGAAAAUCAUUCUUUAAAAAAUAGCAUCAUUAUUGAGGCACAAAAAGCUGUAAUGGAUGAUCGCUUGCAUCGUCUUCUUGUCAAAGUAGCAUGCUCUUACUUAAUUGAUUGCUUCGGAAAGUUAUCCUGCUACUGGUAACAUGAAAUCCAGUACAACCUGUUUCAUGUUAACGUCAGGAAGGGCAUCCGGUUGUAAAAAAUUGCUUCAACUCUUACAUAGUGGCAUUUAUGUCACUUUGUAGAACCAUCCAAACCACACUAGUGUGGAAACAUGGAUGUAAAACUU